AUGAAUAGAGGUCUCGAAAUAUCCCCUAAUAAAACGCAGAUGAUGGUAUUCUUAAAAAGAAAGAAAAUUGCUCAUACUAAUCUCUCGGUUAAUUUGGUGGAAAUUAUUCCCUCUUCCGAUUCGGUAAGAUUUUUGGGAGUCGUUUUGGAUCCUAAAUUGUCGGGAAAAAAACAUAUGGAAUAUGUUAUAUGUAAAGAUAGACGCAAUUCAAUUACAUCAGCUUUAAGGGGCACAUGGUGA